AUGCAAACAUUUCAAAAACCAGAAAAUGCUCUCAAGAGAGCAGAAGAAUUGCAAUUUAUUGGGCAAAAUGAAGAUGCUCUUCAGAUUCUUCACAGCGCAAUUGGUCAUAGAACUUUUCGAUUACAAGGAUGGCAUAUAUUGCAAGAACAAAUAAUGUUAAGAUAUAUUGAAUUUUGUUUAUACUUAGAAAAAUUAAGUUUAGUUAAAGAUGGUUUACAUCAAUAUAGAAUUAUAUGCCAACAUGGAAACAUAGCAUCAUUAGGUAAAGUUAUAACAGAUUUUAGAGAUAAAGCAGAAGAAAAAGUAAGAGUAGCAAAAGAAAAUGUUAUUUUAAACAAAGAAAAAAUAGAACAAGAAGAAAGUAAUGUAGAUAUAACAGAGAAAAUAUUAAUGUCUUCAUUAGAUAUUGAAAUAUCAGGAAAAUAUGAAAGAAAAUUACAAAAUGCAUAUAGAAUAUGUAUGGAAACAUAUAAAAUGAUUUUAGAAAUAUUAAGAGCUACACCAAAAUUAGAAAGAGCAUAUCAUGAAACGGCAAAAAAAGCAUUAAUUUUUUGUAAGGAAAAUAAGAGGUUAACAGAAUUUAAAAAAUUAAGCGAUUUAUUAAGAAACCAUUACAAUUUAAUAUUAAGAGGAAAGCAUAAACCAGAAUAUCAGUCGUUACUUAAAAUUGAAUACCAUUUAGAAACGAAAAUAAUUCAAUUGGAAACAGCAUGUGAGUUAAAUAUGUGGAAAGAAGCAUCAAAUAUCGCUGAAGACAUUUAUAAUUUAAAUAUGCAUGAUUAUUUUUAUAAGUGUUUAAAAUCAAAUCAAAUUGAACCUGAUUUAGUACCUGUUGUUGAUAAUUUACCGUCAAGCAAAAAUUUAACUACAGAAGAAAAUAAGAAAGAGAAAGAAAACCAAGAUAAAACAGAAAAUACAAAAUUAGGAGAGGAUUCACCAAAAACAGAAGAUGAUAAAAAAGAAAAUAAAACUAUUAAUGAACAGCCAAAUUCUGAAAUAAAUGAAAGUGGAAAUGCAAAUUAUGGAUUAUCAAAAUCAAAAGAAAAAUUAAGAAAAUGGAUUGCCAUUUUUUAUGAAAAGAUGGCAGACAUUUUGUUUGUUUAUGAAAGCGAACUGUUUCAUGGGUUAGCAUGGUUAAAAUAUUGUUUUCAUAUUUUAAAUUAUAAAAAGAAUAUAUCAGAAAAAGAAAAAUCCUUCAUUUGCACCAAAGCGGUUUUAGCUGUUUUAUCAAUACCUUUAAUUGGAAAUAAAAAAAAGAAUGAAGAUUAUGCAAAGGUUUUUGAAGCACAUAAAAAAAUGUCACAACUAUUAGGUCAUUCGAGCGUUCCUAUAAAAGAAUCUUUAAAAAAUGGGCUAAAAAUAAAAAAUAUUUUAAAUUACGCAGAUGAAAAUGUACAAAAAUUAUAUGCCUUAAUUGAAAAUAAAUUUACUCCUCUGAGCUUAUGUUUAGAAUGUGAAAGUUUAUUAAAAGAGUUAGAAAACACAGAAAAUAAAGUUUAUAUUAAAAAAAUUAAAGAGGUAAUUUUUCAUAAGUUAAUUUUACAAUUAUCUAAAGUGUAUAGUUAUAUAUCCAUUGAUUAUUUCAUUGAGUAUAUAUGCCCAGACCAUUUUAUAUCAUGGAAUGAAGCAGAAAAAAUGUUGGUUGAUUUAGUGUAUCAAAAAGAAUUAGAAAUGCGAAUCGAUUUAACUAUAAAGGCUAUUUAUUUUGGAGAUAAUGAAAAUAUUAAUAGUAGCAAACUGAUUAAAGAAUCACUCAUGAAUAUGUACAAUGAUCUUCAAAAUGGAUUAAAGAUGAUUAACGAAACUAUUUUUAUAGAAAACGAAGUGGAAAAUUUAAAUAUGACCACUUUAACAUAUGAAGAAGAAUUUGAUUUAUUAGAUAAGGGAAAUAAGGUUAUUAAUUAUAAUACUGCAAGUAUAGAAGAUAUUAUAGAAAAUGAGGUUUUUGAUGAAAAACCGAUUGAAGAUGAAAAAUUGCUAAAAAAAAUAUAUGAUAAAAUAGAUGAGGAGCAUCAAAAAAUACAGUUAUUAAAUGAAGAACAUAAUAAAAAGAGAAGAGAAUUAUUAAAGAAACAAAAAGAACAAGAGCAAGUACAACUGAAAAUAAAAAUGGAAAAAAAAUUAUUAGAAGAAAAAUUAGAAAAAGAAAAAAAAGAAGAAUUAGCAAGAAAAGGAGAAAAAUUAAGAAUAAAAGAAGAAAAAACAAAGAAAAAAUCUGAAGCAGCAGAACAAAUGUUAAAAGAAAUUAAAAAAUUAUGUACUAACAACUCAACUAAAAUUUUAAUGAAAGGAAAAUAUUUGGAUGAAAUAACCAUUGAAGAUAUAUUGAAUGGUUAUGUUGAUUUUGAUGAUAUAGAAGAAGCACAAGAAAAAUUACGCUUAAACGAAAGAAAUGAAAUUAUAAAAAUUAGAAAAAUAGAGGCAAAACAAGUAGAUCAUUUUUUCAGGGCAUUGAGACAAGUAGAACUUAGCCAUAUGAACAGAUGGAUAGCCCAAGUAUUUCAGGAAGAUACUGAAAUUUUAUUACAAGAACAAAAAGCAGCAGAAGAAGAACAAAAAGCGGAUUUUGAAGCAGCUCUUAAAGAAAAGGAAGAAUAUCUUAAAUUUUCUAAUGAUAUUGAAGAAUUUACUAAGAAUGAAAUGAAAUCAAGAAUUGCAGAAUUUGAAAAAAAUUUAAAAGCUCAGAAAGAGCGAUUACAUAAAUUACUAAAAGACGAAAAAAUUCAAAGGGCAAAAGAAAGGAGAGAUCAACAUAUAAGAAAAAUAAAAGCGGAAGAAGAAAGAAAAAGAAGAGAAGAAGAAGAAGAGAGAUUGUUGAAGGAGGAAAUGGAAAGAAAAAAAAGAGAAGAAGCAAAAAAAAAGAAACUCGACGAAGUAAGUAGAAUUCAAAGAGAAAAAGAUCUUGAGAUAGAAAUGCGAUUAAGAAAAAAGAAAGAAGAAGAAUUAAGAAAUGGAGAAAGAAUGCAUAGAAAGCCAUCAAUUGAUGAUGUUUUGUUAUGGAGAAGAGGAGAAAAACCCAAUUCUCAAAAUGAAAUGGAAAAUUUAAAAAGAGUUGAUGAAACUGUAGAUGGAUAUAAAUCCAAAGAUAAAAACUUCGAUAGCUUUUCUCAUAAGGAUAAAUCAGACAGAAGAGAUAGAAAAGAUUGGUCAAGUAGAGAGAGAGAAAAAGAUAGAGAGAGAGAACACAAAAGGGAUAGAGAAAAAGAUAGAGAUAGAGAACACAAAAGAGAUAGAGAAAAAGAUAGAGAAAGGGAACAUAAAAGGGAUAGAGAAAAAGAUAGAGACAAAGAACACAAAAGAGAUAGAGAUAGGGAAAGAGAAAAAGAUAGAGAAAGAGAUAGAGAUAGAGAUAGAGAAAAAGAUAGAGAAAGAGAUAGAGAAAGAGAUAGAGAAAGAGAUAGGGAUAGGGAACACAAAAGAGACAGAGAACAUAAAAGAGAUAGAGAUAGAGAUAGAGAUAGAGAUAGAAAAAGCGACAAAGAUAUUAGAAGAAGUGAACGAGAUAAAGAUGAAAGGAGAAGUAAAGAAGAUAAAAAAGAAAGAGAUUAUAAAAAAGAUAGAGAUGAGAGAAAAGAUAGAGACGCAAAAAAAAGUGAAAGAAGUAGCAAAAGGGAUUAUGAAAAAAGAAGAGAUAAAGAGAUAACUAAAAGAAAUGAUACUGAUGAUAAAAAUAAGAAUUCGUGGAAUCUAAGAGAAGAUCCAGAUUUUAAAAGAAAAUGUGAUAUGAAUGAUGAAGAUAAAAAAAAUUGGAGAGAUAAAAUAAAAUCAAAUGAGAUAGAAAAACAUUCAGAAGAAAAUCAAAACAAAAUAAAUGAAAAUAAAGAAAAAGAACAUACAAACGAAGAAAUACCAAAUGAUCAAGUUAAGGCAGAAGUUUCAGAUGGAGGAGAUUUCACGGUUUUUAAAAAAAAAAAAAGAAAUUUCGUAAGAUCCUUUAUGAAAGCAUAA